CCAGCACCAGGAUUUUUUUCACGUGGAGCAGUUUGGAUGGAGUUAAGAGCGGUGAAAGAGCCGCGAAUUUAGGAUGACUUCAGGCGCAUCACGCGCGACGACACCAGGAUGCUUUACAAGCACAGCAAGCACCUGAGUGGACGAUACAAGAAGUCUGCACAUCACUUGGUCUGGCUCCUCUGUCUUUGGGUUCACCUCUUGCCUCAAGUGGAUGGCUUCUUUAUGUCUGAUGCUAAGGCUGUCCUGCAAGGGUGUGAUGACCACUGGACCUUACAGGAGAAGGAGCGUAUGCCUGUGCUCUUUCAAACCACGGUAUGCGUGGACGUACAGGUCCUUUCCCCAGGUGAGUGGACAGCAUUUAGCUAUGUCUCGGCCCCUGCACCCCGCUAUGAACUUGCCCUGCAGGGGGAUGCAAACAACCUGUACGCCUGGUUGUUGGGUGUACGCCACCAGUUCCCUGUCCAGCUGACCACUCAUCACUGGUACCACAUAUGUCUACGGUGGGACGCCCCUCGCAAAAGCUUCAGCCUGACGAUAGGUGGCAACUCGGAAGUAUACCAGCGGACCGCCAUUGCCCGAGCAAUCCCUCCUUCAGGGCGUCUUCUGCUGGGUUGCCAACCAAACGAAGCCUCCCCUGGGGCGAAAAUGGCCACCGUGGAGCUCUACCUGUUCCGCAUAUGGGACGAUGUUGGAGAGCACAGAGCCUGCGAGGACGGGACGGUGAUUGGUUGGGACUCACGACUUUGGGCCGUCACACGUGCCCAGGCAAGAGUACAAGAUUAUACAUUGCAAUGUGGUCUAAGGCAUCUGCGUAUGAAACGCAGUGCAGACAGAACUACAGCCCCAUCCACAUCCCAAGGUUCAGCCAGCACCCGAGAGUUUGUCUCGACAUCUAGUCCACUCCAAUUGAUUUUGACUUCAAUAAUUACCGGUUCACUGAAAUCCACCACCCAAGGACAGAACCUUCAAUCUUUGAAUCAGGUCUUAAACACAGUCUCUGCUUCAACCACACAAGCCAGAACCACAUCAAAUCCUGCAGGACUCUCUACAACAACUUCUAAACCUUCAGUGACUCUCAGUGCACCAACACAAAUUCCCCUCACAUUAACUACCACAUCAAACACUAUUACACCUGCUAUUCAAGCUGGUUCAGCUGUUAAUAACAUAACUACUAUGUCAAACGCUAGUGGAUUAAACACGUCACCUCCAACUCCAGCCUCACUUAUGUCUUACAUAACCACUCAAACUAGCCAGAGCACGUCAAUAUCUGCCCAGUCACGUUCAAGCAAUCACACUAGCCAUCCAUCUAGAAACUGA